GUUACCACAUUAUGGAAUUUGGAUUUUCUAUAUGCUAACUUAGUCAGUUGUUACUUGAAAAUUUAGGUUACAUCUACCAGUCAAAAUUUCCUUCAUAUGCUCUUUUAGAUGCAGAGACACGCUGGGGGGGUCAUAUAUUGUUGAACUUUGUGGAAACAACUGGGCAGAUUUGUGGGAAAUUCUUCUAUCAAUCAUAGUUGAAAGUGAUUGCAUACUGUGUAUUAUUGGCAAAAUCAGAAAAGGAAAUCAGUGAAAGGGUGUUUCGAGAUGAAGCCAAUAAAGGUAGAAACUGAAAGCGCUGGUGCGAAGACAAAACAGGCAGUCCCACCACCACCACCACCUCCACCACUUCCAACUGGAAGAUUCUGGAAGACUGUUACACAGAGCAUAACGAAGCAAGAGAUUGCUAGGUUCUGGAGGCAGAAGCGCAUUGAUGAAGAAGAUCAUCUCCUUGCUGCUAUUAAGGCUGCAGCACGUAUCAGGGCUCGUAAUUUCUCUGAGGAAGACUACAAGCAGUUUGUGGAAUCCUUAAAGGAUGAUGAGGAUAAUGACGCUUCCGAAAGGAAUUUGUCCAGCACCACCAUUAGCAAACAAGACAAAAUCAUCAACGAAGUGCGUGUCGGAAUAAAGGACUGGUGGACAAAGAGCAAGUAUGCAUACCUAAACCAACCGGCCAUUGAGUCCACGGAUCCUCCCAAAAAACGAACUUCAACUUAUGUUCCCAAUUGUUUUACUUAUAAACCCGUUCCCGUGUAUUUUUCUUCUCUUGGUGUCUUCUAGACCAUUGCAGCUGCUUCGAUUGAAUUUGUAUCGAUUGAUAUUGUGAAAUUUGAUUGUAAUGCAUGAAUGUGGUAUGUCCAACUGAGAGGCUUUUCAUUUAAUAAGUUGUAUGCAGAUGUGAUUGUAAUUAUUCCCUUCUGAAACAACAAGAAGCCUACUAAAAGACAGACUCAUACUGAUAUCAUUGUAAAGAAAAUGUUCUUUCCAGGUUUGGUUUU